GAGAAGCUCCAAAAAUCGAUGAAAUGUGUUCGCAUGUUCUUCUCCGCGAGCGGGGAUGUAGGUGGAAUUGCUAGAAUCGAAAAGGUUGGAGAUCCCACACGCUCAGCUUCCGAGAAAGUACGUUUUACAAUAAUUUAUUAUUAUAUUUCCCUCUUGUUCUAUACAGGCGAGGACUAUAUUAAUUUAAUUGGUUUAGUGUAAGGUUUCUUUCCUUUAUUUAUUUUUUUACAUCAAGCUCUACGGUAGGCUUGGAGACGGACGGCUUGGACAGUGGGAGCCCUCCCCUCCACUCGGAACCGCUUUGGUAGUUUGUAGGUUGCCAGUGAAAGGAUGUGGAUGAGGGCUGAGGUUUAGAGCGAGAGCCAGGGCUCUAGGGCCUGCCUGUGGUUGGCUGGCCGAUUCGUCCACAGCAGGGAGGCGCCACCUCACCUGGGCUCAGAGCAGACUGUGAGAACCUACCGGCUCCCCCUCCUCUGCUCGCCCCCUGUCCCCCUCCCGCCCCGACCCCCAGCCCUGCACGUACUGGACCAUGUCUAGCGGACGGUCGGAAGGAAGCCGAGACCGGACAGCCGAGGCCCUGGAGCGGAACAGCUGCACGGAGGAUGUCCCUGUCAUUGAGCGCAGGAACCGCAGUGGCAUCAUCAGUGAGCCCCUGAGUAAGAGCCUUAAGAGGUCCCGCACCCUCUCCCAGUACACAGCAGCCUGCCCCACCAACACUAAUGGACACGCACACCACAAUGGAGAGGCCAAGAGCCACCCGGCCAAGCCCCAGCCGCCCCCACAGCCCCAGCCCACCGUCUCAGCGCUUGCGGCAGCCAAGCUGGACCGGACCCUGGAGCAGGUCUUGGAGGGACAGAACGGCCUCCUGCACUUUGCCCAGGCGGCGGAGCUGCUAAAGAGGGCUGGGAUGGAGCACAUGCUGCUGCCGGGGGGCAUGGGGAUGGGGAUGGGGGGUAGCGAUUCAGGCUCAGGGGCAAGCGACUUGGAGGGUGCGUCUGCUGUGGACUCUGUUGGCGGUGUUGCGGACUUCCCGUACGGUGUUGGAGGCGGCUUCCCGUUCAACCCGGGGCUGUUCAUCAUGACACCGGCAGGAGUGUUCUUGGCCGACAGCGCGCUGCACAUGGCCGGCCUGGCCGAGUACCCGGCGCAGAGCGAGCUGGCCUCGGCCAUCAACUCCGGCAAAAAGAAGCGGAAACGCUGCGGCAUGUGCCCGCCCUGCCGCCGGCGGAUUAACUGCGAGACGUGCAGCAGCUGCCGGAACCGCAAAACGGGCCACCAGAUCUGCAAGUUCCGCAAAUGUGAGGAGCUGAAAAAGAAACCGUCUGCCGCUCUGGAGAAGGUGAUGCUUCCUACAGGAGCAGCAUUCCGGUGGUUCCAGUAAGACUCUGACCCUCCUCCACCCUUAACCCUACCUACCCAAACCCAAAGCUCUGCGAUCAAGUGCAAUGCCAACUCUCGCUUGGAUUGUCUCGGCACGGACACUGGCUGACAAGCAAACAAACAACGAAAAUAUACAAAAGAACUAAACAGAAAUUAUACAAAAAUAACCAAUUGAGUAAUGGAUGCACCUGCUUAUUCCUUGAACCAAAAAUUUAACAUAAAGAAAAAUAUCUAUGGCAACUUUCAUUCCCUUUUCUAUGUUUCCAUUUUGGUACCUUUUGUCCUUUUUCCAGCAGGUUUUUUCUGUCUCUCAGACAUGGAACUGUUCAUUGCCAAACAGAAAUGACGGACUGAGUGUUGGACAAUCAACUCAUUUGUGUGUUUGGUGUUAACGUUGUUCACGUGUGGAAAGAUACAGUACUUGUGUAGAGAAUGUACAUUUACGGCUAUAUUUUAAAACCAGUGGCUAAUGGCAGGCACUAUUGUAAUUUUAGCACCAUUGUUCUUAAACUUAAACCCUUGUCUAUUUCAUGAUUUGUUUUGUUUUAAGAAUAUUGUUUUGAAACGGAUCAAUGGUUGUCUUUUAAAAGAAAAAGGAAAUAUUUCAAAAUGUAAAAAAAAUACUUAUCGAAAUGAAAUAGCAACUGUUAUCCCAACGGGCAGACGUCCAGGGGACUCUUUAGCAGGAUGAUGCUAUCCUCCAGAGAACCGGGAUCUCCCCAACCAACCAACCAACAAACCAACCGUGUUUUCCACGCUUGUAUUUCCAAGCUUUUUAUUUUGUGAAACUGGCAGCCUUACGUUCCUGUGGCCCAAACUAGUGUGUGUCAUGAGGAUCCCAACACAGAGGGCGACAGCACUAGGAGACAGCACUUCCAUUUGGAAUAGCACAGAGGGUGACAGCACUAGGAGACAGCACUUCCACUUGGAAUAGCUUAGCUCUGGGUCUACCCAUUUGAACGCACUGAAACAAGAUCUCUUUGUUUUUUUUCCCGUUUUUCUUUCUUUAUGUUGCUGGUAGCUACAUCUUUUGAAACAACAGCGAUGUUUGUAUUCAUUUAGAAAAUUGGACUGGUUUUGUGAAUAAAAACGAAUGCAUGUAUUUGUGUAAACAUUUACAGUUCUGAUGUUUGUUUACUUGUCUUUGCAUGUUUUUUUUCUAAAACAAUGACGGAAUUUAGAAAAUUCUGAAGUAUGAAAAUGUCCGGUAAUCUUAAACAUUUGUUCCCUUUUCAUAUCAUUGGAUAUAAUAAUAAAAUGGAUGGGGUGAGAAAUACAACUCAUUAAAGCAGAAUCAGGAAAUGGUGAGUUUCA